UCUAAUGGGAUGAAAACAAACUUUAACAGCGGAAUGGUUGUUUUUGUCCAAACAGCAAUCCAAACAGAAGAGACUCGGAAGUCUUGGGCCCCGCCCUCCUCCGUCUCCUACAUAAAAGCGCCCUUCCCUUCUUCUUAGGUGACAACUACCAUCCUUCAAGACCCUUUCCCUUACUUCCGUACUUCAGGGUUGCUUCCACCACAUCUCUUUAAAAGCCGAGAUUCGCUCGUCGCCAUGGUGACACAUGGCAGUUAUGGGCUGUAGACUAGAAGGACCACAAGUUAUUUGCACGGCAGUCCACGCGUGUAUACUGUCCACACAGAGACGCAACGCAAGUCCGUGUAGGUCCACCUGAGAGUCGGGGAGGGUGUGUAAGACAGCCGUGCGCGUACGUGUUAGAACGGUUAAAAGGAAAUACAUUUUCUCCUCUUUGAUUGCCUUUUUUGUGGCACAAAUGGAAAGAAAAGAAACAUUUCGAAGCCCAUUCCCCACACCGAGAUGUCUGGCGGCGGCGGCGCCCGCAGGGAAGCCGAAGUUAACCCAUCCGGGAAAAGCCAUUCUUGCAGGUGGCAUUGCAGGCGGAAUUGAGAUUUGCAUCACCUUCCCCACCGAGUAUGUGAAGACCCAACUACAGCUGGACGAGAAGGCCAACCCUCCUAAAUACAGAGGAAUAGGUGAUUGCGUGAGGCAGACUGUACAGGGUCAUGGCGUCAAAGGACUCUACCGAGGCCUCAGCUCGUUGCUCUAUGGAUCCAUUCCUAAAUCAGCAGUGAGGUUUGGAGUGUUUGAGUUCCUCAGUAACCAUGCCAAGGAUGAGUCAGGCCGACUGGACAGCACCCGGGGUCUCCUGUGCGGUCUUGGAGCUGGGGUGAUGGAGGCCGUGCUGGUAGUUUGUCCCAUGGAAACUGUUAAGGUUAAAUUCAUCCAUGACCAGACUUCAGCAAACCCCAAAUACAGAGGAUUCUAUCACGGAGUCAGAGAGAUAGUUAGAGCUCAAGGUUUGAGAGGUACAUACCAAGGUCUCACGGCCACUGUGCUCAAACAAGGGUCAAACCAGGCCAUUCGCUUCUUUGUGAUGACCUCGCUGAAGAACUGGUACAAAGGCGAUAACCCCAACAAAUAUAUCAAUCCUUUGGUGACCGGAGUGUUUGGAGCCGUAGCUGGAGCAGCUAGUGUGUUUGGUAACACCCCUCUAGACGUCAUCAAGACCAGGAUGCAGGGUCUGGAAGCGCAUAAGUAUAAGAGCACACUGGACUGUGCUGUGAAGAUCUUGCGUUAUGAGGGCUUGGCAGCUUUCUAUAAGGGGACCAUUCCUCGCCUGGGUCGUGUAUGCCUGGAUGUGGCCAUAGUAUUCAUCAUCUAUGAGGAGGUGGUUAAAGUCCUCAACCGAGUCUGGAAGACGGAGUGAGCUGCUGGAUGGCUGCUUCCUGCUUCUUUUGCUUGAGUGUAGUAGACUUAUUCUAUUUUAUUGUCAUAAAGCAAGGUGCUGAGGCUGAGAGAGAGAGAGAAUGUUCAACAUGUAGUAACAAAAAUGGCAAUCUGUCGCCCUCAUGCGGCCAGUUGACGUAUGUGCAACGUUAGGCAGCUUACACGGGCAAUUUAAUUAGUUACAUAACUUGAUUUAUGUACUGAAAUCACCUGGAAUCUUCAAAUUGAUUACAUUUUACACGAUAAAGAAUAUUUAGCUCUACUCAGUUCAUAGCCUGAUAAGUUCAAAUUGUGAUUUACUAUGUCAGUCGUUCCUUUUUGCAAUGAAUAUUCAUUCCUUUAAUUAUACAAACUACAGUCGCAUCCAUAAACAAAGCCUUUAACAGAACGAUUUAAGAUUUUUUUUUUCAUACAGUGCAGAUUUGAUUUCCCAGCAUGAUACUUUUAUAGUAAAGUAUUUUAUUCUUGUGCCAAAUGUCAAACCUGUAGUUUAUGGAGUAUUUAUUGACAGGCGAAUGUUGUGUAUCCAUAGGUUUUUAAGAAAAAAAUUAUUGCUGUUGUGUCACCUUAAUUCAGUCUGGAUGGUGUUAAAAUAUGUUUAAAAAAAUAAUAUAUAUAGAAUAUAUCCAAUUGCUGUAUUUGAAGUGACUGUGGGAGCCAACGCAGACCUCAAAGUGCUUUUCAACUUUGGCUUGUUUUAUCUGUCUUUUGUUUACAUUAAUUUUUGAAAUUAUUGCUUGUGUUUAUAAUCUUUUUUUUUUUAAGAAAUCAUGACAAUUUAGGAUGAAAAAAAAUGCUACAUUAUGGCUGAAAUUCCAAUAAUGUAUUAAUUUAAAACGUUUACUCAUUCUCAUGUGAACAGGCUCUUUUAGUGCCAUGCUUCAUUGACAGCUUACUUAAAAUAUUUCACUUGUGCCUUUUUACUGAUGAUUUGAGUAACAUGGCUUAUUUAACAUUCCUGAUGACCAUACUUAAAAAAAAAUCUUCUUUUACCAACACUGUGAAACAUGACUGCAAGUAUGCAAUACAUAGUAUGCAUUUUAUGUUUUUCCAUUUGGCCAGAGAAAAUAUGUAUAAACGUCAGGUUAAUGUGCGUCCUUGAAGCCUGUGGGGCUCGUCUUUGUCUUUGGUGCACUGUGUAAUGGUACAAAGAGGAGUUGUAACUCAUUAAAAAUGAGCGU